AUGGUUGAGACUCCAGCAAAUCGAAUUGUUCUCUUUGGUGGUGAUUUGAAUAUGCGUGACAAUGAGCUGGUAAAAGCGGGUGAUAUUCCGGCUGGUAUUUGUGAUUUAUGGAUUGAAAUGGGCAAACAUCAAGAAUAUGCCUAUACAUGGGACAUGCAACGAAAUACAAACCUUGACUUUUCAGCGAAUAAUUUUCAACCUCGUUGUCGUUUUGAUCGAUUGUAUUUUCGAGCAGCAACGUCACCUAUGGUCAAAUUUAAACCAGUAGCUUUCAAACUUGAAGGUCUGGAAAUCAUUCAAUCGAUUCAACGUUUCUGUUCGGAUCAUUGGGCGAUUCAAGCUGAAUUUGAAGUCUAA